UGAAAUCUGCCGCAGAAGGGCUCGUCACCUCGAAUUGCGUUGCGUUGUGAUUGUCUACAGCCCAUGGAGUGUCCAACAUGCAACGGCUGGACCAACUUUGGAAGUCUAAUACGAAGACUCUGUUAUAGAUCUAGCAUGGCUGAGCUGAUGAGUAAGGUAAACGUUUGCCUAGGUACCUAUCUCAGCUACCUACCUACCUACCUAUGUAAGAGCCUCCCUCACCUCACAGAGGCUUGCACACGUGAGGUGAACCAGGUGGGGUCGCAAUGUGGGAUAACUAACAUCCAACCACAUCGGAUCAGAUCGUCGGCGGAAAUGCGAGGAUCAUGUCGCGACGUUGUCGGCCUCGCUGAGAGUUGUCCAAGAAGAAGCGAUAAAGUAGCAGAGCACGAUGACUUUAUCGAGACUGGCUGCCUUAUCAAGCCAGUACUCGCCCAGCCUCUGUAUGAUCUUGGCAGACAGAGUUGGGUGAAGAAGAUGUUGGAACACUGCCUGAUGGCACGUUGAGAGAAUGACCUCUGUUGAGUCUAUGUAGGUAGUUGGAUAGUCAUGGUUGCUUUUGCAGGAAACGUGGCGAUUGGCUGAUGCUGAUGCUGAUGCUGACAACAUGAGGCUAUCUGGUACCUACCUACCUACCUAGGUACC